CCAACUGAACAAUCAUUUAAUUAUUAUUAUAACAAAAAUAUCACACUGACUCUCCAUAAUAACAGCCGCGUGGAGAGGCCGAGCAAAUGAGGAGCGAACCAUGAACCGCUCGGGGCUCUCCACCUCGGCCGCCUUCACAUGUCCCAAACAAUACUUACUCCGCGCCUAUCCCGCUAUUAUCCAUUAUCCAUUAUUCUCCCACAUCGCAAAUGCAAACCACCGCCCGCAAUAGACGCCUCCCCGUGGCUCGGACAUGAUGGACGAAUACUCGGCUGACGUUUUCGCCAAUCGCGACGAGCCGUUGCUCUCGUCCUUCGGCAAUCAAGACCCUGCUGCGACGUCAUCCAGGCCAAGUCCGAAAGAGAGGCUCAAGGCCAAGCUCCUCGUCGGUAGCAGUAACAAAGAACCCAAGGAAGAUGAAGGGAAGAAUGAACGGAAUAGUCUGUCGAUACAGGAUCGCUUAUUCACAAAGCUCUUACAGCAGGUCAUGCCCGCUGAAGACGUGGGCGAACAGGACGAAGAUGGAGAUAAACGCACAAAACAUGUCGCUCGCCCGCCGUUCAGUCUUCCGGUGAUGACGACCAACUUCCGUCGCUUCAACGCAAGGAUUGGAAUCGCAUUCGUGUUUCAGAAUCGCAUGAUACAUCUGUUCAGCUGGAGAUAUCCUACCAAGACGUGGUCGUUUUUGGCUGCGUAUUCAUUUGUCUGCCUGAACCCGUAUCUGUUGGUGGUGCUGCCACCGGCAAUAGUGCUGUUAUUCAUCAUGGUUCCAGCCUUCCUAGCUCGUCAUCCUCCCCCGCCGUCAGCGUCAACAUCAGGGACGACUCCUUACUAUUCUUAUGAGGGACCAGCUUUGGCUCCCGCAAAAACCAUCAAGCCAGCCAGUGAAACCUCCAAAGACUUCUUCCGCAACAUGCGAGACCUCCAGAAUUCAAUGGCCGACUUUGCUAAUUUGCACGAUACGCUCGUCGCUGCGAUUUCACCGCCCACGAAUUUCUCCGAUGAGACUUUAUCAUCAACUGUAUUCUUAAUUCUUACUUUUGUCACUGCAUCCUUGUUUCUGGUUGCACACAUUAUUCCAUGGCGGCUGGCUCUCUUUUUUGGUGGCAAUGCUGCCGUGAUAUCUAGCCAUCCCGCAGUUCAAGAAUUUUUAAGGAGGGCUAUGGAUCACGGUGAUGAACAAGCAGACCAAUCGAUUUCAAAGCCGAACAUUAAUAAAGAGGUCUCGUUGAAGCCUACUCCAUCGCUGCCGACCCUACUCGGCCCAAUGGCAGAGAUCUCUCUUGACUCCUCUCCGGAAGAGCGAGAAGUAGAGAUCUUUGAGUUGCAACACCGUUCUAUAUCUCCUUUUUCUGCAUCAUCUGAGUGGGAGACACUGUUAUUUUCCCCGCUUCCUUACGACCCAUUAUCCCCUUCUCGAAUCGCCGGCGACCGACCUAGGGGCUGUCGUUUCUUUGAAGAUGUACAAGCCCCAUUGGGAUGGAUUUGGAAAGGGAAAAAGUGGGAACUUGAUCUGGAGUGUCGCGAAUGGGUGGUGGAGCGCAUGAUCACCGGCGUCGGGUUCGAAAUUCCGGGUAGUAGCCCUACAGGGAACGGAGACUUGACUGAGGAUCAAGUCGGGGGAUGGGUAUGGGAUCUGCCGUCAGCUGCCGCCGUCGACGGCGAUCUUGACGUAAUGGCAUAUGGGGAUCUGAACGAGUCACCUAACCCGGAAUCAACGUCCAAAGGCAAGGUUACAAUCAAAGGCGGCCAAAGCCGGGACUGGGAAGAGAUAAUGCAGGCCCAGGCAGCUGGUGAAUGGCGACGACGACGAUGGGUUCGUGUUGUACACCGUGUCAGUGUUCCAGCAUCCGAUAAGGGUACAAAAAGCGCUUUUAAUCGAGACUAAAGGCAGUUCUUUUGGCAUGGUAAUAGGAUUUCUUACGGCAGCAUGAAUAUUAAUAAUGAAUUAUUUUAGCAGCGGCAUCAAUCAGA